AUGAUGGGAAUUUUAUUACUGCGCCCAAUUGCAAUGUAUUCCUAUGAGAUUUAUAGAAAUAGGCGAUUGAGUUCAUUCAUAAACAUAUCAUUUCUACCCCCAGCCAUCAACAUCGAAAGCCAAAGGGCGAUACUGCCCAAGAUGGCCAGGCCCCAUGUGCACCUCUAUCGCUUAACCAUGGUACGACGACGCUUGGAGCAACCUCUGGUUCUUAUAUUGGUACCAAAUGAACAUUCAAUUCUCGUAGCUUCUCAAACUGUCAAGAAGGUUAUUGAGAUAAAUCCAUUUCUCCUUGGAACAAUGGCCGGCGGUGCUGCGGAUUGUUCAUAUUGGGAGCGGGUCCUUGGUGUUCAUUGCCGUCUUUAUGAGCUAAAGAACAAGGAGCGAAUCUCGGUAGCUGCAGCUUCAAAGACCCUCGCAAAUAUGGUUUUGCAGUAUCGUGGAAUGGGGCUUUCCAUGGGAACUAUGGUCGCUGGAUGGGACAAAAAAGGCCCUGGUCUUUUCUAUGUCGAUUCAGAUGGCACACGUUUAGAGGGCAAUCUUUUCUCUGUUGGCUCUGGCUCUACAUUUGCUUACGGAAUAUUAGAUUCAGAAUAUCGGUAUGAUCUUUCCAUCGAUGAGGCCGUUGACUUGGGGCAGCGGGCUAUUUACCAUGCCACCCAUAGGGACGCCUAUUCUGGUGGCACUGUUUUAGGUUUGCUUAUUAGAAAAAGGUUAUUUUUAUUAGUAUAUGUCGUCAAAAAGGAUGGUUGGGUCUGUAUGGGCCGCACAGACGUCAUGGAAAUUCACAAGCGUCGAAUGGAGAAGAACGCUACGCCCUCCACGUAA